ACAAGCCCCUAUAUAAGAAAGGGGUGCUCAUUUGCAUAGCCCUCCCCCCCUCCCUCCAGGGGAGGCCUGGGAGGAGCAGGAGGACCUGAGAAAGGCAGAACUGAGGAGGGCUCCUGGUCCCUGGACAUCCCACUACUCAGUGACAGUUUCUGGUUUCACAGGGUCACUCUCAUCCUAAGCACUCCAUCCCCCCGGGGAAAGAACUGACUGAAGUCCAGCUGCAAAACGUAACACGUACCGGACACACGCAAUUCAUCACGGGAGAGGGGAUCACUCUAUUGAGUCCAAACCAGGAACUUCUCAAAAAGACUGUGGAUGCAGUGACCCUGGAUCCAAAAACAAAGAGAGACAGUAUAAGGGUAGGCUGAAAAAAGGAGCCAGAGACUCCUGCGAGGUCCAGGAAACCCUUACAAUGAGAUACCCAGUUUUCCGCUUUCAGAGAAGGCUCCCAUAGGCCAGGUGGAAUUAAUCUUGGGUCAGUACACAUUUUCCUAGGGGAGAUGAAAACGGUGAAUUAGAGAUCAGGAAAUCCCUAUAGACUCGGGAUACAGGUAAACUCGAUCCCAAAUCAGGUACUUGGAAAAAGGUGUUCAGCCUCCCCACCUAGGCUGAAACUUGUCUUAAUGCCUCUCGGAGCCAAACUUGCGCGGGGCGGGGUCUUUUGCAGCGAGGGACGCAGGGCUGGCCCCGCCCGCUCUGACGUAGACCAAUAGGAAGGUUUGAGGGCGGAGCCAAGGAAACGCGGGAAGGAGGGGCGGGGCUUCUGGUGGCGGUAGGGAACUGGGCGGGGGAGGCGGCAACAUUGUUUCAAGUUGGACAAAUUGACAAGAGCGAGAAAUACACUGCGUUCCAUCCCGACCUGGGGUUGCGGAGCUGGGCCGCGUUUCCGCUGCUCGGCCCCCGAGGGCUGGGUGCCGCUUUCUGCAGGGUUCCCAGGCCCCCGCUCCAGGGCCGGGCUGACCCGACUCGCUAGCGCUUCAUGGAGAACUUCCAAAAAGUGGAAAAGAUCGGAGAGGGCACGUACGGAGUUGUGUACAAAGCCAGAAACAAGGUGACGGGAGAAGUGGUGGCGCUUAAAAAAAUCCGCCUGGACACUGAGACGGAGGGUGUACCCAGUACUGCCAUACGAGAGAUCUCUCUGCUUAAGGAGCUUAACCACCCUAAUAUUGUCAAGCUGCUGGAUGUCAUUCACACAGAAAACAAACUCUACCUGGUUUUUGAGUUUCUGCACCAGGAUCUCAAGAAAUUCAUGGAUGCCUCUGCUCUCACUGGCAUUCCUCUUCCCCUCAUAAAGAGCUAUCUGUUCCAGCUACUCCAGGGCCUAGCUUUCUGCCAUUCUCAUCGGGUCCUGCACCGAGACCUCAAACCUCAGAAUCUGCUUAUCAACGCAGAUGGGGCCAUCAAGCUAGCAGACUUUGGACUAGCCAGAGCUUUUGGAGUCCCUGUUCGUACUUACACCCAUGAGGUGGUGACUCUGUGGUACCGAGCACCUGAAAUCCUUCUGGGCUGCAAAUACUACUCCACAGCUGUGGACAUCUGGAGCCUGGGCUGCAUCUUUGCUGAGAUGCACCUAGUGUGUACCCAGCACCAUGCUAGGUGCUGUGGGGAACACAGAAGACAUGGAAGACACAGUCUCUGCCCGCUGUGCUCCUAUCUAGAAGUGGCUGCAUCACAAGGAGGGGGGAUGACCGCAGUGUCUCCCCCACACCCCGUGACCCGCCGGGCCCUAUUCCCUGGAGAUUCUGAGAUCGACCAACUCUUCCGGAUCUUUCGGACUCUGGGGACCCCAGACGAGGUGGUUUGGCCAGGAGUUACUUCUAUGCCUGAUUAUAAGCCAAGUUUCCCCAAGUGGGCCAGGCAAGAUUUUAGCAAAGUUGUGCCUCCCCUGGAUGAAGAUGGACGGAGCUUGUUAUCGCAAAUGCUGCACUACGACCCCAACAAGCGGAUUUCAGCAAAGGCAGCUCUGGCUCACCCUUUCUUCCAGGAUGUGACCAAGCCAGUACCUCACCUUCGACUCUGAUGGCCUUCUCAAGCCCUUACCUCCAGUCUCACCCUCUCCUCCAGUGGGGGCGUGUUCUGGCUUGGCCCAGGGCUCCUAGCUCACUGAUCUUGUCUGGCUGCCUUAGCACUCACUAGCCCCUCUCAGCCAGCCAACUCUGGGGAGAUGGGGUGGAAGGGAGAAAGGUGAAAUUGAAAGGAAGCUUCAGUAUUAGAUGCACUUAAGUCAGCCUCCACCACCAUCUUCCCCUCCUCUUACUCAUUCCUUAGGAGGGAUGGUAUUAAAAAAAAAAAAAAGACUGACUCUUUCUCCUCCCUCCACGUAGGGUUUGCUAUCCCAGUCUCUGAAAGCCCUACAAUUAUUAUUUUCUGUGUUUGGGAUGACAGAGACCCCCAAGCUUCCCGCAGCCACUGUGUAAGGCCAACUGAUAGCAGAGGAGCUAAGCUGGAACUUUUGAAAACCAAGCAAAACGAAAACAUAGGGAGGGGCCUGUUUUAAAGAAUUAGAUUAAAAAAAAAUAGAUCCAACCAGUUUAUACCCUAGUUUUAGUGUUUCAUCUCACCUAAUAGUCUGGGAGACUGACGACUCCCAGUCUCAGAUUCCCAGUCUUUGCAGUCCUGGUGGGGCUGCAGUACAAAUAAUUGCUCCUAGUCUUCUUUCCUGUCCUGCCUACAGGCAAAGUGUGUCUGGGAGGCUCUGGGACAGGGACUGCUUCACUGAGGCCUUAUGAGGCAAGUGAAAGAUGUUUGAAUUUUUCUCUUUUAAGAUUCUUAGUUCAGGUGCUAGGUCCCUUCUUCCUCUGAAGGCCACCCUAUAGGAGUGAAAGUUAAGGUUGAGACAUCAUUUUGAGAAUGCUGACACUUUUUUAGGGCUGUGGCUGAGUGGGGACAUUGGGGAAAAAAAUUUCUUUAAAAGAAGGAUGAACAAUUAUAUUUAUAUUUCAGGUUAUAGUAGUUUUUUAAUUGGGAACGGGUGGGGAUUUGUUGCCACGUGCACCUUGGAGUUUGUAAUGCAAAUGUUAAAAAAAAAAAAAGCUUUUUUUCUUUUUAUGAUUUUGUCUCUCUUCUACCUUUUGUCCUUGAGUGUUCUUGCCGUUAACAUUAUUUGUAACUUAGUUUGUAACUGAUUAAAAAAAAAAGUUCCUAG